UAUCUGUCCAUAAUAUGUUGAUGCCUCAACCGGUUCAAGCCUUCUUCACAAACUACAACCAUGGCAGAAACCCAAGAAACAGAGAGAAAUGAGCACAACAUGGAGCAAAUGGAAAAAGAAGAUGAAAAUCAUGAGAGAUCAUCAUCAUCAUCAUCAUCAUUAUCUUAUCAUAAUUUCAAGAUACCAGUGGAUUCAGAGCACAAAGCCACUGAAUUUUGGCUCUUCUCAAUAGCACCACCACACAUGCGCUCCUUCCACCUCUCAUGGUUCUCCUUCUUCACAUGCUUUGUAUCAACCUUCGCGGCACCACCUCUUCUCCCUAUCAUCCGUGACAAUCUUAAUCUCACUACCACAGACAUCGCCAAUGCCGGCAUAGCCUCUGUCUCCGGCGCCGUCUUUGCCCGUCUUGCAAUGGGAUCUGCUUGUGACCUUGUCGGUCCUCGUCUCGCCUCUGCGUCUCUCAUACUGCUCACAACCCCUGCCGUCUUCUGCACAUCUAUCAUCAAUUCUCCGUCAACGUAUUUAAUUGUUCGGUUUUUCACUGGAUUUUCUUUGGCAUCAUUUGUAUCAACUCAGUUUUGGAUGAGCUCAAUGUUUUCAGCACCAAAGGUAGGUGUUGCCAAUGGGAUAGCAGGAGGUUGGGGAAACCUUGGAGGUGGGGCAACUCAAUUACUUAUGCCGUUACUUUACUCUUUGGUGCGUCAUAUGGGUAGCACAAAUUUUACUGCUUGGCGUAUAUCAUUUUUUAUUCCCGGGGUUAUACAGACAUUCUCUGCUAUUGCUGUGUUGGCAUUUGGCCAGGACUUACCAGAUGGGAACUUUAGUGUGUUGAAGAAGUCAGGAGAGAAGGUGAAAGAUGGUUUUGGAAGUGUUUUUCAACAUGGAGUGGAGAAUUAUAGAGGAUGGAUUUUGGCCUUGACGUAUGGAUAUUGUUUUGGGGUGGAGUUGACAGUUGAUAAUAUUAUUGCUGAGUAUUUUUAUGAUAGAUUUGAUCUUAAUCUUAAAACAGCAGGACUGAUUGCAGCGAGUUUUGGUCUGGCUAAUAUAAUAUCAAGACCUGGGGGUGGAUGGUUAUCAGAUAUUCUAGCAGCAAAGUAUGGUAUGAGGGGAAGGCUUUGGGGUUUGUGGGUUGUGCAGACAAUUGGUGGACUACUUUGUGUUUUGCUUGGACGGAUGAAUUCGCUCACUCCUUCUAUUAUUGUCAUGAUUUUGUUUUCUUUCUUCUGUCAAGCUGCUUGUGGUCUUACAUUUGGCGUGGUUCCGUUUAUCUCGAGGAGAUCAUUGGGAUUAAUUUCGGGAAUGACGGGAGGAGGUGGAAACGUAGGUGCAGUUGUGACACAACUUUUGUUCUUCAAAAGCUCCAAGUAUUCAAAAGAAACAGGAAUCACUCUCAUGGGAGUUAUGAUACUAUGUUGCACUCUACCUAUCAUGUUAAUCUAUUUUCCACAAUGGGGUGGAAUGUUCUGCGGCCCUUCUACUAAAGAGAACGCCACAGAGGAAGCUUACUACUCAUCUGAGUGGAGUUCAAAGGAAAAAGAAAAAGGGUUUCAUUUAGCAAGUUUAAAGUUUGCAAUAAAUAGUAAAAAUGAACGAGGUAGAUCAAGAAAGAAUUCUUUGCCUACAUUUCCAGUGGAUGGAAUGGCCACACCUGUUUGAUGAAAAAUACUAGCUUUAGUGUUGUUUCUCAAAUA